AUGGCGCAACAAGUAGAACCAGGACAUGCUCCAGCAUACGUGGAGAGUGAUGCAAACGUCGACCGCGACCAUGUUAACGAGGAGUAUGAAGAUUCCGACUCGGAAGUAUCAUCUGAUGAAUCAAUAAAAGAUGUCAAUAAAGAGAAAUCCAGAAAGCCAGGAAACAGUGCUUUCAGACAACAGAGAUUGAAAGCGUAUAAUCCAGUAUUGACUGCGAAAACAGUUAUUCCGAUAUUGAUUGGUAUUGCUAUAAUUUUUGUACCAUUAGGAGCAGCUAUGUGGUAUGCAUCCCAUCAAACACAGGAUUUUUCAAUUGAUUAUUCCCAGUGUGAAAAUUUAGCUUCCAAAAAUUAUUGGAGUGAAAUUCCAGACAAUUAUACCGAAUUUAAUUUCAAAAAUGAUGAAGAACCAAAACAUAAACCUCAGUGGAAGUUAGCUACUGAUGAUUCACAACCAUUUGAAGAUGAGAGGAAAGUUUGUAGGAUUCAAUUUGAAGUUCCAACUAGAAUGAAAGCACCAAUUUAUUUCUUCUAUAGAUUGAAGAAUUUCCAUGCAAAUCAUCGUAGAUUUGUCAAAUCUUUUAGUGAAGAUCAAAUUGAAGGUAAAGCUGCUUCUGAAAGUGUUAUCAAGGAUACUGUUGGUCAAAAUUGUGAACCAUUAUCGGUCAAUUCUGAUGGUAAAAAGUAUUAUCCUUGUGGAUUGAUUGCAAACAGUUUAUUCAAUGAUACUUUUGGUACUUCUUUCAAUGCAGUCAAUGGUACUAAUUCAAAAUAUGAAUUAACCGAAGAAGGUAUUGCUUGGGCUUCUGAUAAAAAUAGAUUUAAGAAAACUCAAUAUAGUUAUAAAGAUAUUGUCCCACCUCCAAAUUGGUAUAAACAAUAUCCAAAAGGUUAUAAUUCUACUAAUGUACCAGAUAUUUCAAAAUGGUAUCAAUUUCAAAAUUGGAUGCAUACUUCCGGUUUACCAACUUUUAAUAAAUUGGCUUUGAGAAAUGAUGACGAUGCUUUAGAAGAAGGUAUUUAUGAAAUCUCAAUUGGCUUACACUUCCCAGUUUUACCUUAUAAUGGUCACAAAUAUAUCUACGUUAGUCAAAGAUCAGUCAUUGGUGGUAAAAAUAUCUUUUUGGGUGUUAGUUGGAUGGUUGGUGGGGCCGUUUGCUUCUUAUUAGCCAUCUCCUUACUUAUAAUCAACUUCAUUCAUCCUAGAAAAACCGGUGAUGUUAAUUUACUAAGCUGGAAUAGAGAACGAUUUGCUAAAGAUGAAAAAGAUGAAAGUACCGCAAUUGCAACCGGUUCCUUACCAAAUGCUGAAAAAAAUUCUUUUUAA